AUGUCUGACAUCAAGGGAGAAAUUGAUUCAAUUGAAAUAGCAAUAGACACUAAUGACUUGUCAGAACUAUUUAGUGUUACAACCAAUGUACAAAUAUACAGAAAUCUUCCACACAAAAUUAUACCAUCUUUACCCAAAUUCAUUCCAGGAAAAAUCCAAGGAGAAGAACUUUGUAAACUUUGUAAACUGUUUGGAACCUUAUCAUCAAGUUCUUUAACUUCAGAUAAACAUGGCUACAGCAUGAAGACGACACAGAAAUCACCAGAAGUUGGAUCCUCUCCUCCAGUCAAACAGCUGCUUGAUGAACCAGAGACUGUCACCACCAUAGACACUGGGUAUAGAGGCCUUUACAAUGUGGCCUGUCUGAGUGAUGAAAAAAUCUGGACAAGUAGAGGUUACAAAACAAUGAAACUCUACAGCAUCAAUCAGGGAUCACUACUCAAGUCAAUCACAACCAAAUACAUAACUGAGAACAGGAACCUGGAUAUCUGUGUGUCUGACAGUGGAGCUGAAGCAGUAGUGGUGGUCAAUCAGAGGGAAAACAAACAAGUGAAGAAAAUCAAAUAUCUACAGUGA